AUGUCUUCCAAGGUAGUCCCCACGACAAUCACUACAACUCCUGGAGAGAGCGGCGAUCUCACAAAGGAGAGAAUGAGCUCGCGAUCGCUCGAAAGACUUCUAAGCUCUGUGGAGGGCAGCACCGUGUUACCGUCCCUUCCUCAAUCCCCCCUGGCUUCUUGGAGAGCCAGCGAGGUCCUCUCAGAACCGGACGCAGCCGAUGGGAAUGCAUCGGAGACAGGGCUUGGGCUGGGGUUGCCAACAGCGAGUGGUGAAGGGGCUGGGGUAUCGCUAUCUAGCUUGGCAUCUACGGCCACGCCACAAGAACGUUAUCAACGGGAGGCUGGCCAUUCUACACGGGGGAUCUCGAUCGGUGAUGGUCACCGUAUGGGCUCUUCCCUACCAAAGGUGGUUGCACGUGGUUCGGGGAGGCACCAACUCAGUUCGCCACCGGUCAGCGCUGCGGGGAACUCGGCGGUGAAGCUCAGCACAUUAGUCUCGGCACCAGGACCGUCGUCAUCAGAGCAAGCGGCAGCAACAGGGGUAGUGACAUCCUCCGGUGGGAAGGCUGACGCCGUUGCUUCUGCAAUGUUGUCGCAAGCAGCGUUAUUGAAGGCGUCAGGCGCAAUCGGCCGUGGCAAAGAGUGUGAGGUGGCAGACGCAAAGGGAGAGGGACGAGAUAAGCGGACUCAUCUCCAGCUGCAGACCGUGGCCAUGCUUCCUAUUUUAGCGAGGCCGCACGUGGCGUCCUACGCCGAGGAACACAACCAAGACAUUUCCGCAGAAAUCAACUCUCUGUCAACGAUAUCCGCCCACGAAGACGUCGAGGAGGGGACCCGCUUUCUUCUGCAACACGAAUCUACGGGAAAGCUGACGUGGGACAUUGUCAUGAUGAUCUUGAUCAUAUUCUCGUCCUUCGUCAAUCCCUUGAAGAUUGGAUUUGAUAUUACCUCUCGAGGAGCUCUUCUGGUUAUCGAGGUGCUGGUCGAUUUUUCUUUCAUCUUUCAUAUUGGACUCACCUUCCGGACUACAGUGAUGGACACUGAAACCAAGGAAACCAUCACAGACGUCCGAGAGAUAUCGGCAAGAAGAUAUCUGAAGGGUUGGUUCGUCCUGGAUGUGGCGAGCUCGCUGCCGGUAGCGUUGAUAGCCCACACGGUGGACGUCACCGGCCAGGAGAACUUCUUCUACAUGCUCAAGUUGUUGCGAACGCUCAAGCUCCACCAGCUCUCGGUGAUAUCGACUGCGGUUCUGCAGCGGUUCGAGGACAGGGAUUUUAAUCCUUCGAUGUUCCGCAUCUACAUUUUCGUCUUCACGUUUGUGCUCGUGGUGCACUUUAUUGCCUGCGGCUACUGGUUUGUGUCCAGAACAACGGACCCAGAGUUCGAGGGGCUUUGGGUCCCGGAGCAGGAGUACCUGGACGCCGCCUUGUACAAAAAGUAUACCCGGGCUCUGUACUUCUCCCUCGUCAUCACCUACGGAAACGACUUAAAACCGGAGAAUGACGCGGAGUACGUGUUCUCCAACAUCUGCUUGACGCUGGCUCUGCUGACCAACGCCGUCAUCAUCGGGAGCGCCACAAACCUCCUGUCAAACAUGGAUGCUGGAGCCGUUGCCAAGAAGACGCAGAUGGACGGGAUAAACGGCUACAUGCGGUUCCGAAAGGUGCCCAAGGGACUCCAAAAACGGAUCCGAACGUUCUACGAGUAUCUUUGGGAUUCAGGCCAGGAUAGCCAUAGUUCGGGCCUCUUCGAGGAGCUGCCGGAAAAGCUCAAGCUGCAGCUCAAUAUUGCGCUCAAGAAACGCCUCAUUGACCAGGUGCCGCUCUUCAAGACGUUUUCGCCGUCUGGAACAAUCGCUCUCGUUCAGAACCUGAUCCCCAGCAUUAUUCUCCCGGGAGAACUAAUCGUACGCCAGGGAGAGCCAGCGACGUGCAUGUUCUUCAUCAGCAGAGGCUCCGUGCGAGUGACCGUGCCCGAAACCGAGGACUGCGACGACGAAUUCCCGGAGGAGACGUACAUCAUCUCGCUGGGCGCCGGGUCGUUCUUCGGAGAGGUGGCUCUGCUUGAGGAGGAGCACGUCCGGACGGCGAACGUGAGGGCAGAGGCGUUUACCGAGUUGCAGGUCAUGCACGCCGCGGAUUUCAAGGCUCUCGCCGAAGUGUUCCCAGAGUUCAAGACGGCGGUCAAGUCGAUUUCCAAGUCUCGCAUGAAGGCCGGCGAAGCUCUCGGAAAGAUGAAGGCACGUGGAAAGAAAUUUUCCAAAGGGAACUCUCGUUCCACUCGCGGUCCAGGGCCCCGGUCGAUGAAAACCAUGCGAAAUGCCAUUGCCGCCGUUAAAGCCAAUCCUCGCGCCGCGACCGGUAGAGAAACCAGAGAAAAGAAGCCCAAGAUGGCAAGCUUGGUGGAACGAUUGAUGAGGAAGUACAGGUCUGUUUAUGAAAGGAUCGUAGCGCACGAGGCGCUGGUGUCACACGAGGCGGCCAUACGCGUAGCGAGAGGGGGGGGGAUAGCGAGGGAGGACCUUUUGGCAAUGAAUCAUCUGUAG